GAACUACAGGUUCUCCCACAAUGCAACUCGCUGCUUUACUUCCCAUCAUGCCUUGCAAGCAAACCUCCUGCACCCGGUCAAGAUGGCGGACAUACCAGUUCCUGUUGUUGAGAAGCGGCUGAUGGACGUGAAACUGGGAGAACUGGGAACCUGGCUCGGAGGUCGAGACUUCACCCCCAACGGCCUUAUCUCAGCCGUCCGCCGAGGCCAUGACAGAUACUACAACAAGUACAUCAACGUGAAGAAGGGCGGCAUCGGCGGCAUUGCCAUGCUGAUAGUUGGUUAUGUGGCCAUCAGCUACGUGUGGGAAUACGACCACAUCAAGCACGAUCGCUGGAGGAAGUACCACUGAGCCUGCUUCUCAGACCAGCAGGGGUUAACGUCGGAUCUCUCGCUUUCUACGCUCAGCUGGUGUUAAUGUGACUGUUGUGACCAAUAAAAUAUCUAAACAUU